AUGAUUGGAACCCUAACCUCCUCUUCUCCGUUUUCCUCCACUAAUUUCGUUCCCCAAGAUUUUCCUGCUGGGAUUUUCCCUUGUGGUGGAACAGAGAUUUUCCCCAGAAAAACGUUUCAGUUUCACCUCUGUUUAUAUUCUCUUCACAGCAGGAUUCUUAAUCCGUUCCCACUUCGUUCCUCGCCGAUUAUAUCAUGUUCACAGCAGACAAACAUAGAAGCUGCAGAAUUUGAAGGUCUAAAGAAAUCAACUAUCAGAACGGUUCGUGUGAGGUUCCAGUUGCGGAAAGAGUGUGUUUUUGGAGAACAUUUCUUCAUCGUUGGUGACGAUCCUGUGUUUGGCGGUCUCUGGGACCCUGAAUAUGCCUUACCCCUCAACUGGUCAGACGGACAUGUUUGGACCCUAGACCUGGAUCUCCCCGUUGGGAGAUUGGUUGAAUUCAAGUUCGUGCUAAAGGCAAGGACAGGGGAAAUCUUGUGGCAACCAGGUCCAAACAGAGCUCUUGAAACCUGGGAAACUAACAAGAGUAUCAGAGUCUGUGAAGACUGGGAUAAUGCUGACCUCCAGAUGAUGAUCGAUGAAGAUUUAGUGACACUCAAUCAACAAGUAGAGCGUCCAGAACAAAGUGUGAGGCUUGUCACCACCGAUGUCUCAUCAAACGGUGCAAAAGAGGAGGAACAAGUGCUUUUUGGUACUGUACAAGAAAAGUUUUCACAAGUGGUUGUAGUGGAUGUAGGAUACGUAAGAAGCGAUGAUUCUGAUGAAAACUUGAGUUCCAAUCGCCAAAGUGAGAAAAACAUGGAAACUUCAAAUGGAGCUCUGACUGCUCGGCUGGUUCAGGAGGAAAAUGUAACCAAGGAAGCCAUGUUUACCGAGGAAGAAGCUCCAGUUUUGGUCCCUGGAUUGAUUCCCCUGUCUGAUUUAGAAAACGAAGUAGUGAAUGAAGCCAUUAACGAAGGUAAAGCUGAAACGUUCCCGGAGGUAGGUAAGAAGGAAGAAACCAAAAGAGAAAGAAAUGAGAAAGGGAAAGGGAAAAUGAAAGCGAUUUCAUUAUUCGAGAAAUCAGAGAGAGAAGCAAUAAAGGGUGUAGAGAAGAUGCAAUACAAUGCAGCAGAGGAAGAGAUGCAGCAGCAGCAGCAGCGGCUAGAGGCAGAAUCGCUUGGAACGCCAAAUGUGCUUUUAGAGAAAGACAUCCAAUGGGGACGCAGAACGCUUUACAAGCUUCUUAGCAACUUUGGACUUUUCUAA